GCAAUCUAAGAAGAAUGCUUGAGACAAGAAAGAUCACUUCAUGGUUUGGUAUUGUGCCUAGUACAAGGAUUAAGAGAAAGCAGUGCAAAACAAAGGCAAAAAAAAGUAGGCAUGCUGCUUGUAAUGAAAAAACAAACAUGUGAUGUAGGGGAAUCCCACUUAGAGAGAAAUUGAACUUAGUGUUUCCUCUUGCUGGUGAUAUGCUAAGAAUUUUAAGUUCUUAACCCAUUUGAAUUAUUACCUAUGAGUCUGAAGUUUUUCGAUGGAAGUUUGUACACGAAUAAUGGGAACAGCUUUAGACUGAAGCCUUCAGACCAUCUUCAUGGCAGAACACGUUGUAGAGCCCCAGCAUUUGGAGGAUCUGGCAUCAGGCAUCGGUACAUCAGCUAUGAGUAGCUCACCUACUCCUGGAGAGGCUCUGGAGAAGUAUAUGGCUGAUGUUUCCUCUAAAUAUAUUUGUCCUCUCUGCAAAAUGUUUCUGGAGAAUCCAGCACAGGUGCCAUGUGGUCACAACUACUGCAUGUCCUGCAUUGAAUGGUUAUUAAGAAACAUCCCUGAUCCAGAGUGUUUACUGUGUGGAGAGAAAAUAGUCACUGAUGAUGCAAUUUUUAACUUCGGCUCUAUAAAACCAGAUGAAGUCAAGAGCAAGGAAAUUGAAAGAUUUACAAUCAAGUGUCUGAGGGAGGGUUUUCUUCAGUCUGAACCAAUGGACCCAGAUGAGGAAGACCCAUUGACACCAAACUGGAACAGAUGGAAGCAUUCGUUUCCCAAAUACUUUGUGUCCCACCCAUUUGCACUAUGGUUCCAGCGUCCAGUUCGAGAUGCAGACGUUCCAUAUGGAGUUUCAAGCAGUUUACUUCAGAUGGCUGAGAGGGCAGACAGAGUCUCUCCGGAUGGCCCUGGCUCAUCACCUGACGAAAACGAAUUUCCCUUUGGUUAUCCCACCAGCAUCUGUGAGAAUGUGCCCGAUCACAAAUACCUGUGCAGCAGCUGUAAUAACGUCUUGAAGAAAGCCCAGCAAACGCUAUGCGGGCAUAGAUACUGCGCGGCUUGCCUCUCAUGGGUUGUACGAAACAACAAAAACCCAAUUUGUCAGAAAUGUAAUGCAGAGGAUCCUGGAACUGUAAAUGAAGGAAGCUUACUGACAGAAGAAAGGGCUUUCAGUGAUGCUGCCAUUAAUAAAGAGAUUUCUGAAUUCAAAGUGCACUGUGGGACCCCUGGAUGCAGUUGGUUUGGUAUCAUGAAAAAUUUUGAAGACCAUCAGAGCCUAUGUGAAUAUGCUUUAAUCCCUUGCCAUACCGGUUGUGGACAAAUGGUGAUGAGAAAGAAACUUGCAGAUCAUUUGGAGAAUGGAUGUGUUAAUAACAUGACCACAUGCCAGAAAUGUAAACGGAGGUUAUCCAGUAAUGAGUACCAAAAGCAUACAUGUGAAGGUAACUCAUCGAAGGAACAAAAACGGAUGCACACAGAAGGCCCAUCAAAGGAAAAGAACCAUUCAACGCCAUUGAACAGCAAAGACGGUUGUCGGUUUUCUGAGAUUGGCUGUUCAUUUAGGGGCAGCAAAGAGAAGACAAAAGAGCAUGAGAAGUCUGCAGUGGGGACCCACUUAAUGAUGCUGCUGCAGCAUAUAAAGCAACUGAGGGCCAGUUUGUGCCCUGUUGGUGGAGCUGCAAAUGGCAUCAUCCCACACUUAGCCACAGCAGAGUGUAAAGUGAAGGGUUUGGAAAGAAAAGUCUCCGAUCUCCAGCUCCAAGGGGCCCUGGAAGUCAGUGGAGAUCUGGAAGUGGACUGUUUUCCUGGCUCAUCUGUUUGUGAGGAAGAGUCAAUUCUGCAACAGCUUGUAAGGGAGAAAGUGAUUUCUGAGCUGGAAAACAAGUUGCACGUGUUUGAGAAUAUUGUGGCGGUGCUCAACAAGGAGGUGGAGACCUCUAACCUAGAGAUCGCAGCCUUUCGGAGGAAGAGUGGACUUGAUCAAGAUGUAAUACAAAGUCUGGAACUGAAGAUUACAGAGCUGCACCGAUGUCUGACACAGAAAGAUGCAGGCCUGAGCAAACUCCAUAAGCGUCUCCAGUCUUUCGAACAAGCUUCCUACGAUGGAGUCUUUUUAUGGAAAAUUACAGAUGUCAACAGAAAGUACCAUGACUCUGUGACUGGAAGAGUAGUCAGUUUGUUUUCUCCAGCUUUCUACACUGCGAAAUAUGGCUACAAAGUCUGUCUGAGGAUUUAUCUGAAUGGCGACGGAACAGGGAAAGGAACCCAUGUUUCUCUCUUCUUUGUUGUCAUGAAAGGGGAGUAUGAUGCUCUGCUUCCAUGGCCUUUCAAACACAAGGUCACGUUUAUGAUGCUUGACCAAAACAACAGAGAGCAUGUAAUUGAUGCUUUUCGUCCAGAUCUGACUUCUGCUUCAUUUCAAAGGCCAGUGAGCGACAUGAAUGUUGCAAGUGGCUGUCCCAUGUUCCUCCCUUUGUGCAAAUUACAGUCACCCAAAUAUGCCUAUGUCAGAGAAGACACACUUUUCCUUAAGUGUAUUAUUGAAACAAAUUCAUAAACCCUGGAAUAAGGGUACUUGCCAAUACACCCAUGGAAAGUCUGUCUAGGGAGAGCCUUCAGCUUGAAUCCUUGUGUGUAUUUUCAUGCCCACACAAAAUCCAGUGAGUCAGAUCCUGCAGCUCCACUGACGUCAUCUACACCAGCUGCAGAUCUACCCAUUGUGUUUACUUUCUCCAUAGUGUCUUAGGCACAUUGCCUCAUGCCACCAGUGCAAGUGGUAUGUUGUUGGAAAUGAUCAAAAUAGUGUUUUAAAAAAACUCAGUUGAUACUCUUAAAUUCCAGACUGAGAGAUAGAAUCUAGUCAGUCCCAGCACAGGUGCACGUGUGGGGAUGGUAGAAGGAGCAUGCCUCUUCUUCCCCCAUGCCCACUCCUAUCUCUUCACACAUGUCCAAGGGGCUGACCAGAUUCCUAGUGGAGCAUAGUCCCUGCUCCUUUCUUGUGCUCCUGUGAUUGCCCGACUUCUAGAAAGAAAGAGGUGAAGGCUGAGCCUUAACUCUGCACCCUUUGUAGAGAAAUGAGUAUGCUGUACCCUCCCCAGAGAUUUGUAUUCUGUCUGUCAUUGCAUUGGGAUUCAGAUUUUCCAGUCAGUCACACAUAGAGACACACGCAUCAGCUAGCAUAAAUGGGUGUGUAACUUCAAAAGCGGUGGGUUGUGGCUGAAUAUUCACAACUUAAAUUCUUUGCACUAUAUGAUAUGAUUUUGGUGUUUAUUUUAUACACUGUAGAAAUAUUCUUGCACAUUAGCCAUGUGAUUGUUGGUUUCAGCCAGAUUUUAUUGUGUCAUAUGAAUCAUGAUGUUGCAUCCUGUGAGUACGUCUUUGCUCUUACUAAAGGGAGGAGCUUGACUCUAGUAGGUGAGAAGAGGGAGUUCCCCUUGUGACCCUCAACACAUUCCUGCUUGCAUCAAGAACCCCACAUCCACUAGUUAAAGCAGCGGAUAAAUUGCAUCUGUGGGGUUUUUUAAGUGCUCCAUCACUUUCUGAAACUCCAGGGCAAGUGACUUUAUUAUACAGUAUUUAUUUAUUUUAUCUUUUUUCUCUAUUUUUUAAUGUGUUCUGAUGGUGGGACCUUCCUUUAGGUCACAGUAAUUUUUAAAAUGUUGCAGUGAAAAUGUUCACUAGAAAAGUUUGUGGCAUUUAUUUUUUUAAAUAAAGCUAAGGAAUGAAUAACAAAAAUUGUAAAGCUGGGAAGGCUGGCAGCUAUUAUAUAAUACGUAUGUAGGGUUGAAAUACAACCCUUUAUCCCAAAGAGAAACUUACAAACACCCCCUUUGUCUCUACCCCAUUCUUUCUCCAUCCCUGCUCCCCUAACCUCAGAGCCUCAUCAUCCCCUGCUUUCUCUUCUUACGGGCCAUUCUGGGUGGAUUCAGUGCAAUUCUUUUUGCUUUUGUUGCAUGAGUUCCUGAACUUUCAGCCAAAACCAUGCUAGCAUUGCAGCCUGUUUAUCUUAGGGUUUUCUGUAGCACCGAUCACUAUAGUGUCUAAGCACUUGGGACUUAUUCCAAUACUUAUGCAUGUGAGUAACUUUACACGUGAAUAGCCCCUUUGAAGUCUAUAGGAUUUCUCACAUGAGUAAAGUUACUCAUGUGUUUAAGUUUAGCCCCGGUGGACACUGAGAGGAUUUUGAACCCAAUACACUUUAACCACUGAUUAAAUCCUGUCGUGGGUUCACAGACCCUCUCAGAGCUACAGUUACGCCCUGCUGAGAGCAAACUGUAAAAUGGACACUGAGAAGAACAGAGUGAGGGAGCAAAACAUCAGUGAUGGAAGAAGAAUGACUACAUGGUAGCAAUUAGCCAGGAAAACAGAGAAGACAAUUCCAUGUAAGAUGAGGAAGAGAAGGUGAGAGACUGCAAUUCUCCAAUAGGUUGCAGAGCAGUGAAUUAUUUUUGGACUGAUGCUGUAACUCACAAGAUUGCAGUGGUAACUCAUGUCCCUGUCAAAUUGUUUGAAAGCCCAAAUACUGCAAGCGACCCUCCUGGUGCCACAGCAAAGGAGUCUCUGCUUGGUACUGCAGUGCACUCCUGUUACAUCCAUGGGGCUGUGGAAAUUAACUUUUACCGUAUAGGUCAGAAGUGUUGCGAAAAUCUUUCUGACGUCAUUUAACCCUCUUCCAUGGGAAAUCCAAUGGACAGGGAUUGUGAAGGAAAAUGCUGGAAUACUGAAGUGUAAUUCCAAAGAUAUGCCAAUGAUUUUGAAAUCUUCAAAGAAUGAGAGGAAAUUGUGCUGCAAAGCAGAAGGAGAAGCAUGUCAAAGUCAUUGGAAACUAGCAUUUACCAAUAUCUUCUAGUGAACAAUUUGGCACAGGCAGGAGACUGGACUAUAGUUAAACUAAUGGAUCUUUUCUGUUGCUGAUUUUUAAAGUGCCUCUGGACUCUGCAAGUCAAGUUUUCACUAAAGCGACCUAAAGAGCAGUGUAGUACGCCUUAAUAGACAGUGCAUUAUUUAUAGUAUUAGUGAAGUGCAGGAUGAUGAAGGAUAGUUAAGCACUGGAAGAGGUUACUGAGGCGGAUGUAGAAUUCCCAUUCUUGGAGGUAUUUAAGACCAUGUUAGACAAACUUCUGUCAGGGAUGUCUAGCUAUACUUAGGCCUCCCUCAGCCCGGGGGGAUUGAACUAGAUGACUCCUUGAGGUCCCUUCCAGCCCGACAAUUAUAUAAUUGUAUGAACUGCACUCCAAGAUGUAGGGUCAUAAUUGCCUUUGUCACUGACAGGCGUUAUAUAUGUUUGUUAAGAGGACAAUAGAUCUUUGAAUAGAGUAUAGAAAACAAAUUGCCAAAGCACAUCAGACUGUAGCCUUUAAAACACUCCAGUACGUAUUCCUAUGGAAUCUCUUUGCAACCUCCACUUCUCGUAACACGUUACACGUGCUAAGUAGCAUCUCUGCACUUGGGAUGCUUGGAAGUUGUCAUGCAUUUAUCAGUUAAUCUUGUGACUCAGUUCCACAGAGAAAUCCGUAUUCAGUAAAUUAAAAGGCUUCAAGACUUGAAGUUUACAAUGAAAGACGUUCUGGAGCCACUGUGGAAUAGCCUGUUUCAUUCACAGUAAACCAGCAGUGCUGAUUGACAUGGGAUUUAUAAGGACUGAGUCUGGCUGACGUGAUUAUUUUAAAAUAUGGACUUUAAAAUACUACCUAUAAGUGCUGAAUUUUUGGUCGUGCUUAGGAACGUGGCAGAAGGGCGGAAGAAAAAAUAGCGCUGAGUUGUAAUUAAAAACAACUUGUGUUAAUAUUGUGAGGAAAAUCUGAGCCAUUUACUUUUUAUAGAAAUUUAUUUUAAAAUUCACUCCUUGCAGAAAAUGGUUAUCAGAUAAUUCAGAUGCAAAACAAAAUAUUUAAAGAGAUACUGUCAGCACCCUAACAUGUGAGUUUGGGCAGCAGGGGGCACAGAGUUCAUAAUAUAGCCCCCAAUCCUGAAUUAGAUCCGCUUCCAGGAACAAGGUUAAAUAUUUUCCCAAAUCCCCCAGUGCGGUGCCUGAUUUGUGAGAAGCAGGUGAAACUGUUAGUCUGCUUUUAUUGUGCAAGCUGAAAUACAAACCAUAGUUAGACAUGCAGCAAAAAUGGUGAAAAGUUCUUUUACUCUUAAUAAUCUAAAGCGUUUUUCCUGACCCAGGGUGGAUUUUUCAAAUCCCUUGUUUUUAUCUUGACAGUGCCCUUUUCAAUAAUUAGUUGUAAUGAAAUAUCAAAUUUCCAAAAACUACAGACAAAUAACUGAAUAAGCUUGCUUAUGAAGGAGUUGGGUGUUCUGUCUCUCUCUCUCUCUCUUUUCUAGGCUUAAUAUUUUCAAGCAUGUUAAAAAUGUUUUUUAGGGGCAGAAAAGUAUUUUUCCUAUAAUAUCAGUCCAUAUGACCGCUGUGAAGUAGUAUGUGGGGAAAGAAAAUUACUCUUUGUAAUUAUCUGUGUAAUUUUAGAAAAUGGAGUCUUUACAUCAGCUAUCCAUAUUUUCAUGCUGUUUAUUUAUUUCCUAAAUAAAGCUAAUUAAUCUC